AUGAGUGGUAAAGAUUUCUCAUAAUUUCUUUCAAACAAAGACAAUUAAUCAAUCUAAGAGAGUGUGAAAAAGAGCAUAGAUCCAAAUCUAUUCAUCAAUGAACAAACCCUUAAAUAAAUAGAGGCAGAAACCAACAAACAUUUUUGGAUCAAUUACUUUACUCAAUCCAUUGUUACAACAUUGGUUGCCCCUGUAACUACCCUUUAUACAUCCUUAUAACUAUCAGUUAUACCCCAUUAAAAUAAAUAUGGUGAUUUACCAGAUGAAUCAGGCACUAAGACAUCAACAUAAUUGGUUAAAACAACAAGAGACAUUUAGCCUCACGAAAAAAGGAAAUUUGAGUUAUUGAUUAAGAGUGGUGCUGUUGGAAGCAACAAACCAUUUAGAGCUCCUAUUUAUACGACUUAUCGCGAAGCAUUCUAAGGAUUGACAAAUUAGGGUUGGUAGGCAUUUUAUAAAGGCAAUUUGAUCGGCAUUAUUCAUUUAUUGGCUAAUAGUCAUUUGAAGAUUAAAUUAUUGUCUGACUUAGAUUUUAGAUUAGGAGCAAUGUGGCAUGAAGGAAAUUAAUUAUUGCGUUAAGCUGUGANCAUGGAGAUAAAAAAAAUAUGA